AUGUCCGCCAACAGGAAGGAGUACCGGAGUUCCAACCGUGUCUCUUUUCAUGAGCCGGUCUCCAACGUGUCAGUCAGAGGUCACCGCCGGCAGGCGAGCGAUUCGGGCGUUGGCUCUGACCAUGAUAGCUACGAUGCAAGCCCUGAUCGCUCCAAGCAGGCCCUCUACGACUUGCAAAAGACUCAUUCCAGUCUCAAGGAUGAGCACGCCAAGCUGCAAGAAGCUUUUCGCAACCUCACCGCCCGCUUCAAGGCCAUCGAGAACACCAACGAGGUUCUGGAAGACGACAAGAAGAAACUGGCCGCAGAGAAGCGCACUCUCAGGGAGGAGAACCAGAAGCUCCGCGAUGACCUCCACAAGGCCCGCUCCAACCAGACUCGAGACCGCGAUGUCAAGAUGACCGGUGCCAUCCCCGCCCAACCCCCUUCUCCCAAGGAAAAGAUCCAACGCAGCGCAAGCAAGGCCCGCCGGAGCGAGAGCAAGGCGCCCGGCUCACGAAGCAGCGAGGACAGGGAGCGUGAGGAGCGCAAGGAGCGCAAAGAACGCAAGGAGCGCGAGAAGCGUCACGAAGAGGACAAGCUCCGCCUUAAGGGCCGCUUCGAACUCAAGGACAGCACCGACGAUGGAAGCGUCUCCAGCGGCAGCUCGACCCGGAAGAGCUACAUCGAGCCCUACGGACCCUCCGCCCCUCGAUCCACCGCUGCCGCCACGACAACCUCCAUGCCGGAGCGUCCCCGUCGGAAGCGCGCCGACUCGUCCUUCACGUCAUCCCGCCCGCAAGUCAACUUGAACGUCACCACCUACGACGACAGCGCAGCCUACGACAACGGCACCUAUCUCGCCGAGGACGGCAACUAUUACCCUUACCCUCUGCAAGCCGUGCAAGCCGAGCCCCCUCGAGGACGGCAGUACUAA